ACCCCAGCCACAACCACCUGCCCUCACUCCUGAAACAGUUUUACAAGAACAAGCUACAAGGUGUUAACCUGCGCAAUUUGAGUCUUGGCCAGACCAGCCUGGACAAGCUUAGGGAUGGCCUCGUGGGUGCACAGUUCUGGUCAGCCUAUGCCCCAUGCCAGACCCAGGACCAGGAUGCUGUGCGCCUCACACUGGAGCAGAUUGACCUCAUUCAUCGCAUGUGUGCCUCCUACUCUGAACUGGAGCUUGUGACCUCAGCCAAAGGACUGAGCAGCACUCAAAAGCUGGCCUGCCUUAUUGGCGUGGAAGGUGGUCACUCACUGGACAGCAGCCUCUCUGUGCUCCGAAGUUUCUACCUGCUGGGAGUACGCUACCUGACACUCACAUUUACCUGCAGCACACCCUGGGCAGAGAGUUCCACCAAGUUUCAACACCACUUCUACACCAACAUCAGUGGGUUGACAAGCUUUGGUGAGAAGGUGAUAGGGGAAAUGAACCGCCUGGGCAUGAUGGUGGACUUGUCCUACGGGUCGGACAUCUUGGUGCGGCAAGCCCUGAAGGUGUCAAGGGCCCCUGUGAUCUUCUCCCACUCAGCUGCCAGGGCUGUGUGUGACAAUAUGCUGAAUGUUCCUGAUGACAUCCUGCAGCUUCUGAAGAAGAAUGGUGGCAUUGUGAUGGUGUCACUGUCCAUGGGGGUGCUGCAGUGUAACCUGUUUGCUAAUGUGUCCACGGUGGCAGAUCACUUUGACCACAUCAGGGCAGUAAUUGGAUCUGAGCACAUUGGGAUUAGUGGAAAUUAUGAUGGAUCUGGCCGGUUCCCACAGGGGCUGGAGGACGUGUCCACAUACCCAGUACUGGUAGAGGAGCUGCUGAAGCACGGCUGGAGGGAGGAAGAGCUUCAGGGUGUCCUUCGUGGAAACCUGCUGCGGGUCUUCAGACAAGUAGAACAGGUGAGAGAGGAAAACAGUGGCCAGAGCCCAGUGGAGGAUGAAUUUCCAAACAGGCAGGUGGGCAAGUCCUGCCACUCCCACCUCCUGACUCGGCCUCAGCACAAACACCUGGCCACACACCAGGCGGGAAACAAGUGGCCAACCAGUCAGGCCCCCCAGAGGCCCUCAAAAGCCUCCCCAAACCUCAUUCUAGGCCUGGUGGCAGCUGCGACUUUUUCAAUCCUCAUCCUGUGGCACUAGUGACCUAGGUAGUCCCCCAGAAGUCACUGUGGCAACGUCUCACAAAGUUCCCCUCCAGUCCUCCAGGCACAAGCAUAUAUAUGCUGAGAAUAAACAUUUUGGGUACAGAGCCAGGUGUGAGUGUCCCUUCUUCAUGGGGAGGGGGACUGGUCUGGUGGUCUCUUGAUUGGUGAGGAGUCUUGUGUUCAAGUUGGGUGUUUCCCAUUGGCCAGCUUUGUCACUCUCAGGAAGAGCAGAAGCAUCUUACUUUUUUUUUUUUUUUUUUUUUUGCCACACCCAUGGC